UUGUAAACAGAAGCUCACACGUGACAUCCAGAGCCCGAUCUGCGCGACCGCAUUGUGUGUGAGCGGACAAAGAGCGACACAGUCAUCGUUUAAUAUUACAGAGCGCGAGCAGGUCAACGGGCAGGUGUCAUGACAACCGACAUUAUGAAGCCGACUUUCCUUCGUCGUCUUUGCCGCUGUGUUCGAGCGCAUCUGGUCGUCUGAACUUCUUCAUGUCUGUAUCCCAAAUCCGACCGUUUGGAGGGACAACGACGUUAGCUGGGCUUUCUCCAGCUCACACGCAGCUGGCGGCUGGUAAACAAAGCUGGACGGCCUUUGUUUCACCUCUUAAUUUAGCUCGUCGGUUUAUUCUCUUUAGCUGCGCCAAACCUUACUUUUCUAGCUAACGUUAGCUAAACGCAGCUAGCAGUAGCCGUUCGCCUCUACAUUAGAUUUAAUUUUUUGAGCUAACGUUAAUCUUGUCUUUAUAUUAUUGGCUUGAUGAGAUGUCAUUCACGAUGGAGGAUAACUUGGAGUCCGGAUGGGUGUCCGUUCGACCCAGAGUCUUCGAUGAAAAAGAAAGACAUAAAUUUGUCUUCAUCGUGGCCUGGAACGACAUCGAGGGAAAGUUCGCCAUAACCUGCCACAACAGAACAGUGCAGAGACGGACCACUUUUCUUCUGGACCCGCUCCUCGACGCUGUUAUGCUCCCUUCCCCCGGUGCCUCCGUGGCAGAAAAACGCACAAAAAGUCCUGUCACGACGAAGAAAGACGGCCAAGCGUGUAAAGUUCGACCACAUUCGGUCCCUAAAGGACAAUCCACAACAAAGACUGCUGCUGGGGACAAAAAACUCGGUAGUUCAAAGACAUCCGAGUGUGUCAGCCCGACGUUAGGCUCCUGGGAUAUUGUGACGCCGAAAGUAAUAGAUAUCGAGAUCUUGGACCCAGUGGAUGUCCCGAUCUCUCCGGAUGAUGCAGACCCGGGGGACGGUGACAGCACCGGCCGCGAGGACUUCAGCUGGGCCGGACUGUUCUCCUUCCAGGACCUGAGGGCAGCCCACCUCCAGCUGUGCGCUGUCAACUCCGACUUGGAGCCGUGUUUACCCUCCUUCCCAGAGGAGCAGUCCGGCGUGUGGUCGGUCCUUUUCGGUGCCUCAGGGGUGUCGCAGCGGGAGACGGACGCCCUGUGUUACCAGCUGCAGGUGUACCUGGGUCAUGCCCUGGACACCUGCGGCUGGAAGAUCCUUUCGCAGGUGCUUUUCUCCGAGAGCGAGGACACGGACGAGUACUACGAGAGCCUGAGUGAGCUGAGGCAGAAAGGCUAUGAAGAUGCUCUGGAGAGGGCCAAAAGACGCAUGCAAGAGGUGUUGGACAAACAUAAAGCCAUGGACAGCAUGGUGGAGCUGCUGCAGGUGUACCCUGAGGAGGACGAGGCAUACGGAGAGCUGCUGGAGGCGACGACUCAGCUCUACCACUACCUGCUUCAGCCUUUCAGGGACAUGAGGGAGCUGGCAAUGUUGCGCAGACAGCAGAUUAAGAUCUCACUGGAGACGGAGCGCCUGGGUCCUCGUCGAGUGGAGAGCCUGAGGAAAGAGGAUGAGGAGUGGCAGAAGAAGGCCCACGCUGCUGUGCUCUCUAUACAGGACCUGACUGUCAAGUUCUUUGAAACCACGACUAGGGCACAGAAAGCUUUGUAUGAGCGGAUGCGUGCCGACCAGAGGAAGUUUGGCAAGUCAGCGUGGGCAGCAGCGGUGGAACGCAUGGAGCGGCUGCAGUAUGCUGUUUCCAAAGAAACUCUGCAGCUGAUGAGAGCCAAGGAAAUCUGCCUGGAACAGAGGAAACAUGGCUUGAAGGAGGAGAUGCAGAGUCUGCAAGGUGGGGAGGAUGCCAUGCUGCGUCUGGACCAAUUGGAGGCGCUCUACUAUGAAUUGCAGCUGCAGCUGUAUGAUAUACAGGCAGAGGUACUGCGUUGUGAAGAGCUGCUGCUGACUGCACAGCUGCAGAGUCUACGCAGGCAAAUGACAGAGCGACAGGAUGAGGUGGUGUACUACGAUGCUUUUGAGAGCCCCGAUGCCAUGAAGGGUGAAGAAGAUCCUGCAACCCCGCCGUCCCCCCUCAGAGAUGAAGAACUCAGUGUCCUACAGCAGAGGACACGGCAGCUCGAAGCCCGCAGAGGCCGCAUCACUGCCAAGAAAGUCUACCUCAAAAACAAGAAGGAAAUCUGUAUUGUCAAUCACAACCAGAAGUUACAACAGCGACAAGGUAGCCGUGCUGAUUCCCUGCAGACACUGCAACAGGGAGGUGAAGCUGAGGAAGAUGAAGCCAAGAGCAACACAAGAGUGAGUCAGGAGAGGCAGCGAACUCUGGACCGACUCCGCAGCCUCAAACAGCGUUAUCCAGGCCAGGUGACUGUGAAGUCCAGCCGGCUGCGUCUUAGUCAGCCUCACAGUCGGAGGAGAGCCGGACAGCAGCCCAGCACUCAUUCAGCCAGCGUUCAGACCGACUGCAUCUUAGAUCUCCCAGAACUCUCUGCUCCUCCACCACCCGACGUCUGCGGCUGCGACAGUGUCUCUUUACCUACAGUUGAACUUGAAACUCUUGACUCUUCAUCUCCAUUCCUCUCACUGCCUCCCCUCUCGGCCUCCCCAUCUAUUCUUUCACUGGGUCCUCCUCCCCCUCCUCCUCCUCCUCCUCCACCUCCCCCGCCUCCUCCACCACUUCCUCCCUCAGAGGACCAGCAGCAGGGUGAGGGGAGGGGACAUAACCCCAGCCCAGUGCAGCAUCAUAAAUGCGAGUCAGAAUCUUCCUCUCUACCCCUGGCUCCAUUUUCCCCUCGAUUCUUUGACAGCAGUCAGCUACAGACGGCGAGGAAGAAGCUGAAGAAAACAGCCUCGCUGGACUCGUCGCAAUGGAGGAGAGCGAGUUCCCCCAUGGACGAGGUGCUGGCCUCUCUCAAACGUGGCAGUUUCCACCUGAGGAAGGCCGAGCUACGAGUCCUAGGCCCCGACCCAGACGACGACAGCAACAACAUCCUGGCUCAGAUCCGGCAGGGCGUCCGGCUGAAGAAGGUACGGACCCGGCCGGAGCAGCAGCGUCACACCAAGAGCUUCCCCCACUCUGCCGACGCUCUGACCCGUAGCAUCCACGAGGCCCUGCGGAGAAUCAAGGAGGCUUCACCAGAGUCAGAGUCGGAGGAUGAAGGCCUUCCAUGCACUGACUGGGAAAACUAAGCUUAUUGGAAGUUUAUAAAUUCCAUCUUUUAUGGAUAUUUGGAGCCAAAAUGAAGACAAAGCAAUGGCUUAAAUCACCUGGAGAUACCGUGGUGCAAUUUGAACAAAAACCCUUGAUUUUUUAUAAUAGAAAACUGCUCAGAAGUAUGUGGGGUGUUUUUUUUACUCAUGCUUCUGUGUGUUGUUUGUAAAGAUGGACCACUAAUCUUUUUUUAUGUCGUCGCUGUGGCAUUCUUGGCGAGGAUACAACCUCUAACCUCUCAUUAUGUUAGUCUACAUGUCAGAGUUGUACUGUAGCUUGCUGUGAUGGGUUUGUUUUAGGAAGUGAGUAUUAUGUUUUUUACGUUUCUCUCACUUACAACGACGCAGUAAGCAUUCAGACUUGACUGAAUACGUGUGCUGUACACUUUUACAUUCAACUAUGUGACAACCAUCUGUACUGUAUCUUUCAGUGCAUAAAAUGCCUAAAUGUACACGUGAUAGAACAGUUCCCACUUCCUUAAAGGACCUUUUGGGGGAAUAUAGCUACUGGCUGUAACUUUGUAAUUAGCACACAAAUGCUCAGCAUAAAAGACAAAUUAGCAUAUUUCCCAUAAUGUCAAACUUUAAUUUGCUAAUCUGGGUCAUUUUUAUCAUCCUGGUGGGAAGAGUGCCAAAACUGGCACUAAUUUGUGUUUAGCAAAUCGCCCAUGCCUGUUUUUAGCAUUUUUAAUUUAAAAAUGAUAAAUAGCUACAUAUAGAAAUAGUUACAUAUAAAGUAAGAAUAUGUUCUAACAAAAAAGAGGUUUUGGAGGAAGGAUAUCAAACUCGGCAUCGGUCUCCAUCAUCUGUUCUUAAAAAAGCAGGAAGUUAGUUAUUGUAGUUUUCAGCAGUUGAAGCAGCAGCAGCAGCUCAUGGAGGCUAUGAAGGUGCUUUAAAACUCUUAGCGCCCUUUUGCCACGAUUUGCACCAAAAAUUGCGCUUCUUCUCAGAGUCAUAACUCAUUCAAAUCUGAACACACAGACACGAUGCACAUAUUUUUAAUUUUAGUGGGACUUACACUUCCCGAGGAUGUCGUCUCUAAUGUCUUGCUUCAAAAACAUCCUCAAAUCUGCUUAGAAUUCAUAGAAAAAAGACACUUCUUUUGAAUGCAGAGCUUUAAGUUCCUACAGUAACAAAGUAAAACAGUGAUAGUUGUACAUCCAUGGGUACACUGCAAACAGGAACUGUUAUCACCUAAUUCGGCAUACUUUUAAUGGUGCCAGUAUGCCAAAAUGGGGCUCAAGUUGUAGCUCACAGCUAACUCACUGACUCCGUUACGUUAUACUUCCUGUGUACAUCACCCAAAGCACAAUCCAUUGGCUAUUGGUCUGACGAAGAUAAGCCUCUGCUGAAGAGGGCCGAUGUUUCAGGCUGAUCCAGUGUAGCCAGCAGAUAUCAGAGCAAAGACUUCUCUUCCAUGUGGUGGUCAUUUUUGCUUAAAUCAUUGUCUGAUAAUAGCUGAUGGGUUCUGAGGUUGCAUUUCGACCAGUGCGUUCCACCUUUCCACAUGGACUGUUUACCUGUUAACAAAAGUAAUUGGUCAGUACUAUUCAGACCACAAAUGGACUACAAAUGGAAACCAGAACACUUCUGACAGAAAUCUUGUUCUGUCGCCUACAGAUUCUUGAGAGAUUACCCCAAAGCAUAAUAGGAAAUGUAAUUCCAAAACUUAAAGCAUUAUUUUAAUAAUAGGGCUGACAAAACCCAUUGAUAUUUAAUAUAUACUGAAUUCGUGUCGCCUUGAAAAUUGCCGAUCUAGUUUAACAUGCUGUAUCUGAUAGAGCUGCAGUACAUUAGUGAGAGAGUUUAUGUUAGGAUAUGAUCCAAACUAACUGUUUACCUUCAGCCCAGACAGGAUCAGACUUUUAGAAGCUCAGCACAGCUGGGGUAGAAAUACAAAGUAAACUUGGAAAUACCAACACUGGAAAUUUUAAUACACAAUCAGCUGUCGUUCUCCAGAUCAUUAUUAAUAACAAAUAUUAUCUGUUGACUUGUAUGUUCUGUGUUUUUCCUCCUCCAAGGAUGCCAUUUUAACUGGGACAGUAUUUUGACAAAAUAUAUUAUAUGAUAUAUACAUAUAUAUUCAGCACCAACUGAAAAAAAAAAUGAUUACUUGAAUCUAACUUUGGUCGUUUCAUGUGACAGACUGAUUGUGCUGUCACUCUUUGAGAUGGAAAAGAAAUGGAUGGAUAUAAUAUUUUAAUAUCUGCAGAUUCCCCCUGAUGAAUUAUAAUGUCCUACAUUGUGAUCAUCCUCCGUUAUGAUACAUUAUCCUUUAAUAACUCUUAAAGACCCAUUAACAAAUGACCAAAAAAAUGUAACUAAAAAAGAUGGCAGUGCGUCAGACAGAUGAUGAAAACCUUUUUAUGGGGCUCUUCUCUUAAAAUAGUAUUAUUAGAGCUUAAACAAUUCAGUGGAUAAUUAAUCUGUAAUUAUUUAAACAAUCGAUUAAUCAUUUAAGUCAUUUGUUAAAGUAAAAACUCAAAUUAUUCUCUGGUUGUAGCUUCUCCAACGUGACCAUUUAAUGCUUUUCUCUGUUUUAUGUCUUUUUGGACAUUUAAUGACAUCACUUAGCAUAUUUCACCAUUUUAUAGACUAAACGAUUAAUCGAUUACUUGAGAAAAUAACCUCCAGAUUAACUGAUGUUUCAUGGGGUCUUUAAAAAAUGCUGAGGCAAUGUUUAAUCUUUAACAAAGUCCACAUGUGGAGGAUCUCUGGUUUGAAUGCAUGAUGCACAAACUUUUCUAUGCUGUAUGUUGAACUAAACCUGUCUUUGGGAAUUAGUUCAGCUGAAGUCUGAAGCUUCAUCGCCCUCUGCUGGUAGCAUACGCAGCCUCCUGCUCUCAACAUUCGGAUCAUAUGUGAUGUUUAUAUUUAUUUUUACUGUCAUUUUUAUUAACCUGACAGAAAGUUUCUGUCUCUCCUUCCACUGCCUUCAAACAUUGUUUUACAAGCUUAUAUACUUACUGGAGUUGUUGUUUGAGUUUGUUGUGUGUGUGUGUGUGUGUGUGUGUGUGUGUGUGUGUGUGAUUUUAUACCAGUCUUUUUAUUAUGUGUUAAACCCUGUCAAACUGUCUUUAACUGAAAAUCACAUUUACGUUUCUGUAUUUAACAAGUCAUGCACUGAGUACCAUGGCUAAUUUUAAAAGGGAUAGUUUGACUUCAGUGAAUUUAUUCAUUCACUUUCCUGCCUGAGAGUUAGGUGAGAGAUUAGAUGCUACUCUUAUGUCUGUGCAGGAAAUAUGAAGCAGCAGCCAGCAGAUAAAUAUAUCUUAGCCUAGCAGACUGGAAAGACUGGACUGGAAAUGGGGAAACAGCUAGCCUGGCUUUGUCAAAAGUAAAACAAAUUCACAAUAACUGUGACCAUGUGCUUCCAGGUAAUCCUACUUUUUGCCAAUUGGCAUGUGAAUCCAUAUGGAAGUUAUGCACCUUUUUGUGAAAGGCAACUCCCAUUGCCUUCCAUUAAGAUUUAUGCCUCAUCUGAAGUAUUUUCAAGUAGUAUUUUUUUUUUUUUUUUUUUUUUUUCAGUUAGACAGGAGAAGAAGACUUUGAGAAUGAAGACUAACUGGUUGGUCUGGCAAAUGUAUGUUUGGGUAACUGCAUUUAGUUGCUGAGCAGCCAGAUGUUUCCCUCAGAAGUUGGUAGAGACCAAAACCAGAGCUAAAAGGGAGUGAAUAUUUGAUGUCUAUUCAUCAGGUUGGAUGUCUGAGAAACUAACUGUUUUCUUACAUUGAUACUUGAAAGGUGAUAGUAUGAAGUUUGUGUUCAGUUACUGCAGGUUCAAGCAUUGUAGAAAACAACUGGCGGGACAUAGUUUGUCUAAAACAAUCCCCCUUGAAACCACUGAAUUGCAGUUUUUACAUAUUGGCUAAAUAAAGAAGAUAUGAUGUGUUAUUGUGAGAUCUAGAGGUGCUGGUGGGCUGAUUUUGGUACCUAAAGAAAGAACCAGGCAAGUUGUUCCCAGUCUUUAUGUUCAGCUAUCCAGUGGCUGGUUGUAGCUUCAUAUUUACUGGACAGACAUGAGAAUGGUGUUGAUCUUCUCAUCUUCUGCAAGAAAUCAAACAAGCAUAUUUCCCAAAAAUGUCAAACUAUUCCUGAAAUUGUGGAGUUACAGCUGCCAUUCAAAUAGAGAAACUGUUGCUAAGUGUCACAAAUCAUCGUGACUGAACAUUUUGCAUGCAGUAAGACAUCGUGGCUCAUUCACAGAGGUUGUUAAUGAUAUUAAACAUCCUCCAGAUCAUGUGUAAUGGUAAAACUUGGCAACAGAUAGUUGCUCAGUGACGGGUAACUUCCUCACACUGCUCUGUCCCUUUCUUUUCUUGAACCAUUGUGCUUUUUUUUUUUUUUUUUAAACCAUUUUUGUUAAACUUGUAGAUUUCUUCUGACCCUGAACAUGACCCAAGUUUGACCUUUAACCUUUUAUGACCUUAUGCAUGUGACUGGUUUUAGGAGGAACCCAUCACAACGUAAGUGCAAUAAUUAAGAUGGAAAAAGUCAUUUUUACGAAUUAAAUACUGUAAUGAAAUGUAAAAAAAAUAUAUCCGCAUGCCUAAAUGUAUUGAAGUAUUUAUUGAAACUUCAUAUUUUAAAAUGAUUUUUAAAAGCAUACAAAUGUAAAUGUACUUUAUAAGAUUCCUUUUUUGUUGCUUUUUGGUUCCUAUCAUGACAUUCCUCUCUGCUUUCUAUAUCCCAAUUAUAUAUAUAUUUU